GUGCGGAGCGCUUAACCAUCUACCUGUCCAGUAGGACAAUGUCAACAGCCCCCCAAUGCUCAGCAAAGAGCUCUCUCGAAAUGGCUAAUCUCAGCAGACCUCCGGCCCCACCUUGACUUGUGCAUCUCGCAGGCACUCCAGAUCUGCCAGACUACUGACGAGACAACGGAUGUUUCGUCAAUCGGCCAGCCUCUCCUGAGCGGCUGCCAGACGGCAAACAAGACAACGACUGAUCUGCACACCCUCUCUCACCAUCACAAGCACAGGCAUUCGGCAUCAUGAGCCAUGGAAGUAUCUCUCUCGCAUCACCACCCGAGCACACCACUGCCUCAGUGUCUGACCGCGUGUGUGGUUGUUGCAUUUCCGCCGCACCGCACGUCAAUCUGACUCACACACUGCAGUGCGAACAUAUUGACGUGCGGUGCAACAAACCACCACAACACCCAGCCGGACACACCAGCGACAGCUGAUGCUUGUACGCACAGAAAUGGGCCGUUUGUUGACGCAGGAAAUGAAAACCCAUGCACGCAUCGCAUCGCAUCAUCCACACACGACACUGAAGGGAACCCACCAAUCACGCCGCAGCGACUUCCUUGUUCUGCCUGGGCGCCCCUGUGGGCACCUCAUCCUUGGGCUUCGGGAUCAACAGAUCCGACAAGCCUGAACACCGACACACACACGGACACACACACAGAGUGACGAGAGGCAACGGGUGACAGGUGUCGUGGCAUUCGCUCACCUUGCCGUUUAAGCUUUGGAUCGAACCGGACCUCUUCUGUCACGUGCCGAGCUUCCAGCACCUGAAUGCAACCACACAGAGGCCUUCAAUCUUGCCAGCAUCCCGUGGAUGAAUCCGCCCACCCACCCACUGACCUCUUUCUUCUCCGCCUCAUACCGCCUUGCCACCUCCAGGUACACGUUGAACCCCUUGCCCUUCUGCUCCUUCUCGGCGUAGCGUUCCCGGUCCUCGUCCGUCAUGAGCGGCUUGAUGUCCAAAGGAUGCUCCCACAACUCCUGAUCAGGCGGCCGGUUGCCGGGGGGGAUGUUGCCGGACUCGUCAAGCCAACCUGAGAAGAGAGCAGCACAGGAAGCCGUCCACUUGGUCCUUUUCUCUCCUCUCUGCGUGUGUGUGUGUGUGUGUGUGUGCGUCCGUGUGCCUUACUUUGCUUGAUCAGCUCCAGCAGCGACCGAUUUGGCCGCAGGAUGUGGUGCACCUUGACAUAAUGCGUCAGCUGCGGCAUCCGCGCCAGGUGGAGCAGCAGGCUCUGCCGUAUGCUGCGCGUCACUCCCACAUGCUGCAGCGUCUUGCCCUCGUCAUAGAUGGCGUAGACGCUGGCCUUGACGCCGGGCGUGACGUCCGCGGAGGUGACCUUGCCGUCGGGGGUGAGGUAGGGCAUCAGGGGGAGGGAGGAGAGGGAGGGGAUGGAGACGUCACCGCUGGCCCGCAGCCGGUCGGUUUCGGCCUUGAGGCGCUGCUGCAGCUCGUGGUGGUAUCGAGACUCCUUCUCCUUCAGCUGCUGCUUCGUGUACCUGACACAACACACGAACCAGAACAAGAUCACCAUCGAUGCCAUGAGUCAAGAUCUAUCUUUUGUGCUCACUCGCUGUCAACGGCAACCAUCCUGAGCCUCGAUGGCCUCCUCGAGAGGCCACUCUGGUGCUGCUGAUGGGAUAACGCGCCCC